UUUGUUUACAAACUUGAUGAAAUUAUUUCUGAUUAAAAUUUUCUGUUUAAAUAAUUAAAAUGUUUGAAUAUAGCUGCCAUAAUGCCUCCAAUUUGGAUAAAACUUGCCGCGGGUGUCUUAAAGUUGGUGACGAGGUGCGGAUCAUGACUACUGAGGAACAAAAUGUGUAUUUAAAAUUUAUAGAGGUAUCUAAUGAAGAUUUAACUAUGUAUGUUUGUCUUCUAUGUGCUCAUUUGCUAAGGAAACUCGGCAAGUUCUUGAUUCAGUGCCAGGAAUCUUACAAUGUUUUGAAUAACUUUCUAAAGGAAUCCAAACCGCACAACCACAUUCCACCGUUCCUGGCGUUCAAUCUGGUCACAACGCAACCUGUAAUAAACGAGUUUCAGAGCAAUGUAGCAUUGUUGUAUGAUUUUACACCGGACAUGGUAACGUUUGACGAUGGGCCAAUUUUUGACGAUGAAGACAUACCGCUGGUGCUGUUAAAGAAAGAAGACAAUGAGGCGGAGAAUGGAGUUAGGAAGAAGAAGAAAAGUAGGAAAAAAGCAGUGGACGUUGAAGGCAACGGACCUUCAUUUAUAAAAUCCGAAGACUCCGCGCCUCAAAGCAAGGAACAAGUGAAAUGCAAGAAGAAGCCAAAGAAAGAGUUGCGUGAAGGAUUCAGCCCAAGAAUGGUGCAGGAAACUGAGGAGUAUGUGGUCAUCAAGCUUACGAAAGAACAGGUGUUGCAAGAAAUGCACGAGCGUUCUCAGAGCGAGGGAUACAAGCGAACGCUUUUCAAGUGCGAAAAAUGCGUCAAAGGAUUCAAUUUCGAAGACGUGCUGCAAACGCACAUGGAGAAACAUUCUAUGGAGAAUGGCUCUCUCCAAUGCGACAUUUGUACACAGUAUUGUCCCAGCGUGGUGUCACUCAGGGGACAUAUGAAAUCCCAUACCACUAGAUAUAAAUGCAAGCUAUGCGGCUGCGUGCGACAAUCGCGGCAACACUUAUUGGAGCACCACAACACCACACACACUCGCGGCGCGCCCGACUACACCUGCCGGCAUUGCGGGUUCACUACCGCCAAAAGAACGUCCAUGCAACGUCACGUCAAGUCGCACCGGGAAGGCGAGAGACACGCGUGCCACCAGUGCGGUAAAUUAUUCAAGAGUCUGGAGACGCUGCGGGUUCACACCAUGCGCCACGACAAAUCCAAGCGCUUGCAGUGUGAAGAGUGCGGGCGCGUGUUCAUAUACCCGUCUCUCUUGCACCGCCACGUGCAAGCGGUUCACGUUAGGAAGGAUUAUUACUGCGUCGAAUGCGACGUGGAGUUCAAAUCCAGGGAGAAUCUCAGGCUACAUUUCAAGAAAGCUAAGCGACACAGAGACGCUUCUUCGUACCAGUACGAAUGCGGUCAAUGCCCCGAACGCUUCGUUUCACCGUCCACGCUAUCUACCCACGUGACCAUGGCCCAUGGACAACUGAAACAACACUCCUGCCUAGUUUGCAGGCGUCUCUACAGCAGCAGGGACGCACUAAGAGCGCACACCAGAGACAAGCAUUCCAUAGACAAUAUACACUGCGGUAUCUGCGACAAGAGUUUCAGCCGCAAGAGUAUAUUAGCAGCGCAUAUGAGGACACACGGCGCGUGCGACUCUUAUGAAGACAAAGACAAGAAACUUGAAGACUCAAUGCUGAUAGAAGAACCACAACCAGCGCUUUUAGAAAGUUAACUGUAAUAUAUUAAACCUUAUUGCUAUGGACUCAAGGUUCAAAACAAUGAAGAUUUAGAACUUUGGAGAUUUUUUGUAUCUGGCUUUGAGAAACAGUAUUACGCCGUUUGCUUUUUAUUGUAUUUUGUGAUAAACAUUGUGAUGUGAAA